CACAAACAUCUCCGACUCCCUUUCCAGACUCCACUCUCUCUUUUCGUUCCAUUCUCUCGAAGUGUUACCCUCUCCUUCCCCGUUUCCCCUCCCUCUAAAUCGAGACGAUUGUGCCUUCUUGAUAGGGUGAGUCCUCCAACUCACUUUCAUGGUUUCACCUGCUCGUUGAUCCAUUUCCUACUUCCAGAUUCUCUUGGGCUUUCGCUAGUCCAAAAGCACAUUUUAUUCCGUCUCCCAAAACAAACGCUAUUCUGCAAAUUGAUUUUUGCAUCAAGUUCUUAAGCACCCCAUAAAGGAAAUGUGGACCGCAAAAUUCAGUUCGAUUUCUGUUGGCACUGGAUGCUUUGGGAAGGACGAAGCAAUUGUUACAAAGGUUAAUAAGCGAAAGGAAGGGAAGAUAUUUGUCAAAUGUGCUGUUAAUACCAAAACCCAGAAACCAGACAAGGCAGUUCGGAUUGGUGUUCUUGGAGCUAGUGGUUACACUGGUUCUGAGAUUGUUCGGUUGCUUGCAAACCAUCCACACUUUGGCAUUAGUCUGAUGACUGCUGAUAGAAAGGCUGGUCAAUCGAUUGGAUCAGUGUUCCCUCAUCUGGUGUCACAAGAUUUGCCGGAUAUGGUUGCCGUCAAGGAUGCUGACUUUUCUGAUGUUGAUGCUGUGUUUUGUUGUUUGCCGCAUGGGACCACUCAGGAAAUCAUCAAAGGCCUUCCUAAGGGUUUGAAGAUUGUUGAUCUUUCUGCAGACUUCCGGCUGCAAGAUAUAUCUGAAUAUGAAGAAUGGUACGGUCAGGCACACAGAGCACCAGAUUUGCAGAAAGAAGCUGUAUAUGGUUUGACAGAGAUUUUGAGAGAGGAAAUUAAAAGUGCACGUCUAGUUGCUAAUCCUGGUUGUUAUCCAACAUCCAUUCAGCUUCCUCUUGUUCCAUUGAUAAAGGCUAACCUCAUUCAAUACAGAAAUAUUAUUAUCGACUCAAAAUCUGGUGUGACUGGAGCAGGGCGUGGUGCUAAGGAGGCAAACUUGUACACUGAAAUUUCAGAAGGCAUUUAUUCUUAUGGGAUGACCAGGCAUCGCCAUGUUCCAGAAAUUGAACAGGGACUCUCCGAUGCUGCGCAUUCAAAAAUAACAAUCAGUUUCACUCCACACCUAAUGCCAAUGAACCGCGGAAUGCAAUCAACUAUAUAUGUGGAAAUGGCUGCUGGUGUAACAAUUGAGGAUUUAUACCAACAAUUGAAGAUAUCUUAUCAGGAUGAAGAAUUUGUUAUUUUGUUGGAGAAAGGAGUUGUCCCUCACACUCAUCAUGUUCGAGGGUCCAAUUAUAAUUUAAUAAAUGUCUUUCCUGAUCGAAUACCAGGAAGGGCAAUAAUUACUUCAGUUAUUGAUAAUCUUGUAAAGGGAGCAUCAGGUCAAGCUUUACAGAAUCUCAACAUCAUGUUGGGAUAUGCAGAAAAUACCGGGCUUCUUUACCAGCCCCUGUUUCCUUGAGAACUCGUUAUUUCCAUAUUCAGAAAGAGUCCGAGCAUGAAAUUCUGUUGUGGAGCAUCUCUCGGCAGUUCCUCGCGGUUUCAAGGAGUUUUGUACUGCAUAUCGGAAUAAUGAUGAAAGAUCAAAGACUAUCGUUAUCCUACAUUAGAAAUAAUGUGUUUUUAUUCGAUGGCAUAACAAUAUUUCAUUUUCUGGGAUUAGAGCACUCCUUUGAACGUAGGAUGCCCCGAUUUAAUGCACGGUAGCUUUUAGAAUAAUCACAGUUCCGCUGUCUGCAACGCGUUUCUACUUGAGGGUGAACAUACCCUAAUGAAUGCAUGAGCGUGCAUGAUCAGCCA